AUGUCAGGAACCAUUCGGCCCGCCGACACCGCCGCAGUAUGGAGAAAGGCUUUUCGCGCUGCAGAUUUCGUCAACCCAAACACUCCCACUCGCUCCGUCUACGACUUCCUAGACGACAACGAUCGCGACUUGCUCCUCUGGUUGGCCUUGCAUGGUAUGCAGCCUCGCGAGAUCGCCUGGGUCCUGAAGCAGGACUACAUCCCGGCCUCCUACGACAUACCGGACCAAACACAUCUCGCAAAUCUCAGAGUUCUUGUCGAGGAGGUCGUCGGAGAACUGGCCUGGGGAGACGAUGGAGAGGAGCAACCGGGCGCACUGGUAGAUCGGCUGGUGGCACGCGACGACACGCUCAAUUGGAGCCCAUACUACCUUCGGAAGGCGCUGGACUAUGCCGCCGCCACCACCUCCACCACCAACGACGCCGAGGUCCGGGCCAAGCUUCGCGAUCGGGCAAAAGAAAAGCUGGCUCUGAACAAGUGGCGGGUCACGCACGGCGGCCAGGACCCGAGGCCAGGCAGCACCCGAGAGAGCAAGCAGUACCUUGCUGCUCUGCAGGGCCUGGAGAGGGAGGAGGAGGUCGCCCAGGACCUGGAGAAGGCUGGGCACGUCGCUGGCAGCCACGUCGCCGAAAAGGCGCUGAUGCUGGAGUGGUUGUCGAAGAUUCGCCAGGCAGGCGGAUUUCCUGGUCUUCCGGCCUGA